UGAGGACAUUGUUUUGAAGCUGAACGGCAGUCAGCUGACGAUGGACUACCUGGAGGAGGUUGGUUUUAACGAGCCCAUCCUGGUUCUGAAGAAGGACGGUCUGGGGAUGUCCAUGCCCGCUCUUACCUUCUACAUCAAUGACGUGGAGAACCAUGUUGGUCCAGACGUGGGUGUGGAUGUGAUAGAUGUGACCAAGCAGACUGACAGUAAGAUGAAGCUCAAGGAUUUUGUAGAUUACUACUACAGCACCAGCAGGAAGAAAGUGUUAAACAUUAUCAACCUCGAGUUCUUUGACAAAAGGAUGGACAGUAUAGUGGAGAGCCCUCAGAUUGUGCGGAGGUUGUCGUGGGUAGAGAACUACUGGCCAGACGAUGCUCUCCUGGGGAAACCUAAAGUGACUAAGUACUGUCUGAUCGGUGUUAAAGACAGCUACACCGACUUCCACAUCGAGUGUGGAGGGGCCUCCGUCUGGUACCACGUACUCAAGGGAGAGAAGAUCUUCUUCCUGAUCAAGCCCACGUCAGCUAACCUAUCGUUGUACGAGCGCUGGAGGUCCUCAGCCAAUCACACAGAGAUGUUCUUCGCGACCAGGUGGACAAGUGUUACAAGUGCACUCUGAAGCAGGGACAGACCCUAUUCAUACCAUCAGGUUGGAUCAAUGCAGUUCUGACUCCAGUGGACACUCUGGCCUUUUCUGGACACUUUGUCCACAACCUGAGUGUUGAGAUGCAGAUGAGAGCGUAUGAGGUGGAGAAGCGUCUGAAGGUCAACUGUCUGACUCCGUUCCCCAACUUUGAGACGGCCUGCUGGUAUGUGGGACGCCACCUGCUGGAGAGAUUC